AUGUCCAACCCCAACCCCACCGCCUCCACCUCUGCCUCUGCCUCUGCCUCGGAAGAGCAGCGCGACGCAGCCUACGAUGUCCUGUUCGACCGCGGCAUCCAGCAGCGCCGCAAGGUCCUCGGCGACGCCUAUGUCGACAACCAGCUCAACAAGGGCCAGAGCGAGUUUAUGCGUCCCAUCCAGGAAUACGUGACCCGCUCGGCGUGGGAGGGUCUCUGGAGCCGUCCGGGCAUGGAGCUCAAGCACCGCUCGCUGGUGGUCAUCACCAUCCUGGCCAUUGGCGGGCACGAAAAGGAGCUCCACGGACACACCAAGGGAGCCCUCAACAAUGGCCUGACCGAGACGGAGAUCCGCGAGUGCAUGAUGCACGUCACUGGAUACGGCGGCUUCCCCAAGGGUCUCGAGGCGUUCCGGAUCUGCGAGCGUGCCAUCAUUGAGUGGAACGAGGAGCAGGCGGCCCUCAAGGCCCAGGAGAACAAGUAG